CUUCUUUUUUGGUACAAAUAACAUAAAGAUCAUAACCUUUUUGUUUGUUUCGUCGAUGGCAACUUCCGGUAACAGUACAACGGUAGGGACAGGUACACCGUGCGGCGCAUGCAAGUUCCUGAGAAGGAAAUGUUUAUCAGAUUGUAUAUUCGCACCUUACUUCUCAUCCGAGCAGGGAGCAGAAAGAUUCGCAGCUAUUCAUAAGGUGUUUGGAGCCAGCAACGUCUCUAAGCUCUUGCUUAAGGUCCCAAUCCAUGAUCGAUGUGAAGCUGUUGUCACCAUCGCCUACGAAGCUCAGGCUCGUCUUCAUGACCCUGUGUAUGGCUGUGUCUCUCAUAUUUUCUCCCUCCAACAACAGGUGGCUUACUUGCAAGCACAAGUCAUGCAAAUGAAGGCACAUAUCGCCGGCCACCAGACGUCAGCCGCCGAAGGUACUCACCAAUUCGCGACGUGGCAACAAACUAGUGGCUCACCGAUCGAUAGUGCGUACUCAACACCAUAUAACCAUCACCAUCAUACUCACUACGGUCACAUAAACCCUAAUAAUCCGGUCUCGCCACAGAGCUCGCUAGAAGAAUCUUUCAGCAACACGAGCAGUGACGUCACAACUACAGCUAACGUGCGUGAGACUCAUCAAACCGGAGGUGGCGUAUACGGUCAGGGUGAGUUAGGGUUUCAGGAAGGAUUACCUAACAAAAAGAGAUCAGUGAGAUAUUGUGAUAGCGAUUUAGGUGAGCUUCAGGCUUUGGCUCUUAGAAUGAUGAAGAAUUAAGAUAAGUUUUUUUCUUUUGUUAUUGCUAAAAAUUAAGAGGAGUUGGUACUUUGGGAAAAAAGAAUAAAAAGAAUAGCUGGUAACUUAUGUAGACAGACGGCGAAGAAACGAGAUGGUUUUUGACAAGAAACAA